AUGGCCAAGGUGAUUUCGGACAACAUCUUUGGGAACAAUACAAACGUCCACCAAGGCGACAACAUCAUAAAUAUCUCCUCCUAUUCUGGAACAGGACAACUGAACCUUGAAUACCUUCCAGCCAGCUUCAACGAUGCGAACAAACAGCAUCUUUCUAUGUGCCUUCCACAUACGCGAGAGCAGAUGCUCCGUGACAUUCGGACAUGGAUUGAUGGUAAUAGCGAAAAGGGCAUUUAUUGGCUCAACGGCAUGGCUGGUACUGGGAAAACCACCAUCUCCCUAACGAUCGCUCACGAGUAUCAUCAAAAGAAGCGACUGGGAGCAAGCUUCUUUUUCUCCAGAGGUGGCGGUGACCUCGCAUCAGCUAAGAAGUUUGCGCCUACCGUAGCCGUUCAGCUUGCAGAGAAAUCUCCAGAAUUACGACGGCUUAUUUCGAAUGCCACAAGGUUGAACCCUCGAAUCGGUCACCUCAAUCUAUACAACCAAUGGGAGAAGCUUGUUCUAGAGCCUCUAGGCUUGUUGGAGUCGAGCUCCGUCCAGCAGCCGCUUCUUAUUGUGGUCGAUGCUCUUGACGAACCAGAACUUCCGAUUCAUCUUACAUUAAGUCGCGUAUCUAUUAAUUUACAUCACCACUUUACCCUUCACAGCAUUGAACAAGCUAUUGUGGAUGGCGAUCUGAGAAUAUACUAUCAGCAUCACCUAUCGCAGUUAUCAGAGCGAUAUAUGUGGAAUCAACACAUUAUUCUUGAGGAUGUGAUUCGAUCUCUUGUGGAGAAAACUCAUGGAUUAUUUAUCUAUGCCGCCACAGCCUACCGAUCUUCUGCUUCUGAAGCAGAAAAAGAACUUGACAACAUUUACACUACAGUGUUAGAAAGCUCGUUCAGGACGGAACUGUCUUCUACAGAAGCUAGAGAACUACAGCCUGAGUUUCAGAAAAUAGUUGGGUCCGUCAUGGUGCUAUUUGAUACACUGGCCUUAGACGACCUUGUUGGUAUUAUCAACGGGCAAAAAGACAGGGUUGAGUCAAUGCUCAACAAUCUUAGGUCUGUCUUAGAUAUCUCAGAAGACGACAGACGCCAAAUUCGCAUCCUCCACCCCUCUUUCAGAGACUUCCUCCUUAACCCUGAGAGAUGUUUUCACAAAACAUUUAGAAUUUCCGCUAAACAGUUGCAUUAUGAGUGGUUCGAACGCUGCUUGGCAAUCAUGCAUGGUUCUCUACCAAAAGAUAUUUGCAAACUCAGAAAUCCAGCUUCCAAGGCACGAGACAUUACCAAAGAUCAAGUGGAUAAAUGCAUUUCAUUCCCAAUUCAGUAUGCCUGCAGAUACUGGAUACAGCAUCUUCAGAGAAGUCGGCUAUCUGAUGGAAUUAAUCUGUUGGCAGGCCUUGAGUCUUGGCUACACGACACAUCAAAGAAGAAGAACUUCCAAACCGGCGCUCAGAGCCAAUGGAAUAUGAUGGGCUGGUUUACUAAAAAUAUUGCCAACCAUGCAGGCGAUACUUCAAUUUCACAGAGCCUUGGUAUGCUUAUACACGAUGCCAAGCGGUUUGCCUCUCAGCACAGUGGUAUUAUUGAAGAGACGCCGCUGCAAAUAUAUUGCUCAGCAUUAAUAUUUAGUCCUGAGCAAAGCCUCAUCCGUCAACGCUAUCAUGCUGAAAUUCCAAGCUGGAUUAUUCCCUCCUUUAGAAGGCACAGCACAUGGCCCAGAUAUACGCAGGCCUUGUGGCACACACAACCAGCCCGUUCACUUGCAUUCUCGCCCGAUGGCAGUUACUUGGCAGCUGGAUGUGAAGACGGAGCUAUCUGGCUCUGGGACGCCGUAACAGGUGCAAAGCAGCGCAUCCUUAAGCAGCAUGGGGAGUCAGUUAAUUCCAUUUGCUUUUCUCCCAAAGAGGAGCUCAUAGCCUCUGGGUCAGCUGAUGAUAUCUGGAAAGUUGCGUUUUCACCGGAUGGCACCUCACUCGCAGCACUCUCUGGUCGAGGGUCUCGCACAGUACGCAUGUGGGACAUCGCGAGCCAUACAAAGCAAUGGACCUGGCGCGGCGAUCACGACGCAGACAUCUCAUUCUUAUCCGAUGGCGCACACAUUGCCUACAGCAGCUACUCCGUGACCGGCCUCUUAGACUCUAAGACGGGGAAAUCCGUGUGCAUUCUGACUGACCGUGGAGGGAUAGUUUGCUCUUCUAAACUUCAAUCUGGCAACCAAAUGGUGGGCCUGAGAAUAUCCUGUGAUAUUGAGCUCUUUGACAUUCAACCGACCGUAAGGCGGCGAUGGCACUCUAGACUUGGCUUUAACCUUGACGCACGUCUAACUUUUUCGCCUGACGACCGGAUCCUCGCCGCGAAUUAUGGACACGACAUCGAACUACUGGAUACUGCAUCUGGCCAUAAAACGCAUACCAUAAGCUGCGACACAUAUAUGACAAGAUUUGCAUUCUCGGCAGAUGGAUCAUUCAUCGCAUCAACCUCGAUGGCCAACAUCAUCAAAUUCUGGGACUUAUUUGUGGCGCUGGUGCCAAAAGACCCCGGACUAAUUCGAGGCCUCUUUGAAACCCAGGUGCUUAUCUGGGACACCCAAGAGAUGAGGAUGAAACAUAAAGUCGUUGACUUGUUCGAAUGGGAGUCGGGAGAGAACGUCCUCACAGCCACCGGGAGCAAUUAUCAUCCACGUAUUGAUACUCUCAAGGACAGCCCAUUCUCCCCUGACGACAGUCUCCUUGCACUCUACACCGAAAACAGAUUUACUAUUGAUAUACACAUUUGGGAUAUACGAAGAAGAACCGUCACCCGCAAAAUCGAGGGGAGUAAUCACUGGGUGGCAUUCUCGCAGGAUUCUAAGCGCAUCGCAUACCUGAUUUCAACAUCCCGGAUAGCCAUGUUCGAUCUCAAGACAUGGGAACGUUUGGCUAGUAUCGAGGUAGAUAGAGAAAAAACAAGGUUUUGUUGCUUUGACAAGGAUGAUCGACUUGUUUUGUUUUACGCUGCGAAAUCAAAGGGUCCCGUUCAAAUGCAAAUUACAGGUUACCAUACGGAAACAGUCUCGCGUAUCAUCCAACUGGAUCACGUACCCUCGCACAUCCAUUCUUUCAAACCAGUCCCGGCUGCCAACGUUGUUAUCGUACAAGUGGCUGAUAGAUGCGAGAUCUGGGAUUUGGCAACCGGCUUGAUGAUGGGAAGUUUUACAAAUAUUGGGGGCCUGGCAUAUAGCCAGCUGCUUCCCUGCAAAGCUCACUUACGAAUAGACGGGGUUAUAGUGCCAGUUUCGAAACCAGAGCCAUUGAGCUGCUGUUCUCACAGGCUAUCGCUUGACGGCCUUUGGAUCAAGCGUGGCAACGAAAAGCUGGUGUAUAUACCUCCCGAUUACGCAUCGGCUCUUAUAGCUGUGGGGUGCAAGGGCGCUUCCUUUCUGCCAUUUAAGAAAAGGAACUGGAAUAUUUUCCGCUCCAACUCGAAACUGAUCAAUACUUUGGAAUUUGACUUUUCACGCAACCAAAGCUAUAUCUAA